CCUUCGCACCACAACACCCACGGCGAGAUAGAGCUAGAGCCGAGAGAGAAUAAUGCAGUUCUCUUACUGUGUAAAGGAGCAGAAGCCCUGUGUGCGCUGGAUUGAGAAAUAUUUUAAAGACUGCCUUUGCAACCUAAGACAUGAUUUGUCCUUCGGUUUUGGGUUUAUUAGUCUAGUCUGUUGGGGAGUGGCUGAAAUCCCACAAAUCAUCACCAAUUUCCAGACGAAGUCCGGCCAUGGAGUUUCUCUUGCUUUUCUGCUCACUUGGGUUGUUGGUGAUGUUUUUAAUCUGGUGGGUUGCGUUCUGGAACCAGCAACGCUGCCUACACAGUACUACACGGCUCUGCUUUACACAACCAGUACUAUAGUCUUGGUGUUGCAGAGCGUGUACUAUGAGCACAUCCGCAGAUGGUUCAAGUGUCGACAGAUCAAUGUUAACCAAGCUGCUGAAGAAGAGGAAAAACCAUUCAGAUCUAAAUCAGAUGAUCCAGGCCGUAUUCAAAUACCUAGAUCAGCUACACCAAAAGGCAGUACUCCGCGAAGAGAUCAGUACCACUACUACAUGUCACCCAGAUCUUUGGCUGGCAGCGGUACCCCUCCCUUUCGGAGCUAUCUCAGGGCGGCCAAGAGCGGUCCUUCAGCCAUGGAAGCACUUCACAACGAUUCAUCGUCUGAGGAUGAGGCAGCUCCAAUUCCGUCUAACAAGUCCGUUAGCCGGCCUAGGCCAAUACCAAGAUCUGCAGCAGGUUAUGGAACAUUUCUAGCUGCAUCAGUCAACUUGCCGCUACAAACUAAGGGUUUGACAGAAGCAUAUGUGGGACUCACUGGGAGGAAUCUCUUCCAUGAACGAGGGGGAGAGAAUGUUUAUGGGCAAUGGCUGGGAUGGCUGAUGGCUGCUAUUUACAUGGGCGGUCGACUCCCUCAGAUAUGGUUAAAUAUUAAAAGGGGGAGUGUAGAGGGCUUGAAUCCUCUCAUGUUCAUUUUUGCACUGGUCGCCAAUGCUACUUACGUGGCAAGUAUUCUCGUAAGGACUACUGAAUGGAAAAAAAUCAAAGCUAAUAUGCCUUGGUUGCUGGAUGCUAUAGUAUGCGUGGCGCUUGACUUAUUUAUCAUACUACAGUAUGUCUAUUACAAAAACUUCGGGAGGACAAGAAGUACUAUUAAUGGAGAUAAUUGUGGAGACUAUGUGGAAGCUAAAGCUGCUGUUUCUUAAAUAUUGGGCAUUAUUCAUCGUGUACUCCAUUGAUAUCUGCAAAGCCAUCUUGAUGAACCAUAUUAAUCUAAUUUAUGAUCCUUACUUGCAUGCAAUUAGGUAGAUGUGCUUGUAUUAUAUAUCCGUGUUUUAAUUUAUAUAUAAUAAUUAUAUAGCUCUUAAGUCAAGAGUUAUAGUUC